AUGCCGAAGCAGUGGAUAAGAACGCGAGCACAUUCCAGCUCUUUCACCGGUCUCAAAAAGACCCGCAAAUCCACGACCCCGAAGCGGACGAUCGAGUUCUACACCAAGUUCGCGGACCUGCCCCUGGCCCCCCCUGGGCCAUCCACUGCUUCAUCCAAGCCUAUCCGAAACCUUAACGACCUUCAGAGCGAAUUCAGCAAGGAUAGUGUUCGCCGUAAUGAGGGCGAGGCUGCCAACUAUGGCAUCUACUACGAUGACUCCGGAUAUGACUACAUGCAACAUUUGCGUGAGCUAGGGACUGGCAGCGGAGACGCUUACUUCGUGGAGGCCAAGGCUGAGAAGGCCAAGUCCAAGGGGUUGAAGUUGGAAGAUGCCUUGCGCCAGGUUUCUUUGGACGAUUCGCAAAGCGCUUAUGGUGCCAGUGAAUAUGGAGAUAUGCGCUCAAACUACACAGCUUUCUCCCGGAAGCCCACAUACCAGGACCAGCAGAACAUCCCCGAUGCGAUUGCCGGUUUCCAGCCUGAUAUGGAUCCGCGUCUUCGUGAGGCUUUGGAGGCUCUUGAGGACGAGGCAUACGUUGACGACGAGGAUGAUGACAUAUUCGGUGAAUUGACCGCCAAUGCCGAGGAAGUUGAUCAAGGCGACUUUGAGGAUAGCUUAUUCGACCACGACGACGAAGAUGAGGGAUGGGAGUCGGAUGCGACUGAGAAGGCGCCUGUGCAGAGAGAUACUUCUGACGCCCACGUUGAUGAGGAUGCGUCAGAAUUAAACAAAGAUCUUGCGCCCGGUGAAAUGCCUGAGCAUGACGUGCCUGCUCCGGAUAUGCACCCCACAGACCAAAAUUGGAUGCAAGAGUUCGCCAAGUUCAAGAAGGAUGCUAAGGCGGGCAAGGCCCCCGCGCCGGCUGCCCCCACCAUUGCGCCCUCUGAGCAACAUACUCUUGCUUCUACUGCAUUCACUGUUGGCGGCACACCCAUCCGACGCAAGAAGCGCAAGGGUGCUUUGACCAACCCCUCUAACUACUCGAUGACAUCCUCCGCUUUGGCCCGCACAGAGGGUCACCGACUUCUGGAUGACCGAUUCGAUAAGGUUGAGCAAUUAUACUCCCUGGAUGAAGAGGAUGAAUAUGACGACAGCAUGUCCAUGGUUAGUGGCAUGACUGGUAUGACCGGUAUGACUGGAAUGACUGGCAUGUCUACUGCCUCUUCUCAGGCACCUAGUCUGGUUGAUGCCAAUGGAGGAGCUGUUUCUCGCAGCGAUUUCCACAAUGUCAUGGAUGACUUUUUAGCAGGCUGGGAUGGCAACACAGGUUCCCAAGUCAAGCGAAAGGGAGUCAAGUACAAGCGUGGAAAGCACGGAAACGAAGCGAUUGGUAUUCGUAUGCUUGAUGAGGUUCGCUCAGGUCUUGGUCCGGCUCGGUUUUCGAACAGCCCCAAGGUUCCCGGACGAGCUUAA